GAUAAAGACCAAUGAGCGUGUGUAACGUCAUGCAUUCUGUCUGUCCAUCAUCUCUCCUUCCUUGUAUGAAGCUAGUCAGGUAGCUCCUCUGUAGCGGCUGUUAACCAGUUCUUUAACGGCUAAAUGCUUUUUUCGUACAGCAGAAAAUAAAAGAUAUCCGUCAUGGCUUCUCGAGCUGGUCCGAGAGCAGCGGGCACAGAUGGCAGUGACUUCCAGCACCGGGAGCGAGUCGCCUCUCACUACCAGAUGAGUGUUGCCUUGAAGUCUGAAAUCCGUAAGCUCAACAUUGUCCAUCUGCUGAUCUGGGUGCUGAUGGCUGCUCAGGUGACAGUAAGCCAGCUGAACCUAGUGUCCCACAAGGUGGUGGCCGCUCCGUAUCAGUGGGAGUACCCCUACUUACUGAGCAUAAUUCCCACGAUCUUCAGCUUCUUGGCGCUGCCCCGUAACAACAUCAGCUACCUUGUCAUCUCCAUGAUCAGCGCCGGCCUCUUCUGCGUGGCCCCACUAAUCUACGGUGGUAUGGAGAUGUUCCCUGUGGCUCAGCAGCUGUAUCGCCACGGUAAAUCGUACCGCUUCAUCUUCGGCUUCAGUGCCGUGUCAGUCAUGUACCUGGUGAUCGUCAUUGCUGUGCAGGUGCACGGCUGGCAGAUUUACUACAGCAAGAAGCUGCUUGACCAGUGGUUCACCACCACACAGGAGAAGAAGAAGAAAUAAAAUUCAGCUGAAACAUGCUAAAACUCUAACAUCAGUUACUUUGAAGGACAGAGGAUCUUAGAGCUGAGAUGCCAAGAACAAGAGACUUUCAGAUUUAUUGUUGUCCAGCUUGUUUUUUUUUUUCUAUAUUUAUAUUUGACAGUGAUUACAUCAUUGUUUAAAGAAAAUCAGUCCUUGGACAGAUUGUAACCACCACCUUCCCUCUGUACAUGAUUUCUCCUGACAUUUCAUCAUUAACAGCAACAAUCAGUA